AUGACUGCAACGAUAAUAGAUGGUAAGAAAAUAGCAAAUGAAAUUCAACAAGAACUUAAAAUCGAAACUGAAAAAUGGGUAGCAUCCGGUAACAGGAGACCAAGUUUAGUUGCGAUAUUGGUCGGAGAAGAUCCUGCAAGUUCGACAUAUGUCGCUAAUAAAAUGAAAGCAGCUCAUAAUGUAGGAAUAAAUAGUAGAACCGAAAAAUUUCCACACACUCUUCUUGAGAGUGAACUUUUAAAAAAAAUUGAUGAAUUAAAUAAUGAUGAUAACAUUGACGGAAUAUUAAUUCAGUUACCUUUACCGCAACAUAUGAAUGAAAGACUGAUCUGCAGUGCUGUUACACAUGAAAAAGAUGUCGAUGGAUUUCAUGUCAUGAAUGUUGGACACUUAGUUUUAGGACAGCAAACAUUAGCACCUUGUACACCUGCUGGAGUAAUGGAAUUGCUUAAAAGAUCUGGUAUUAAAACAUUUGGAAAAAAUGCUGUAGUUUGUGGAAGAUCAAAAAAUGUCGGAAUGCCAAUUGCAAUGAUGUUGCAUUCUGAUGGAAAAGAGGGUCAAUAUUCUAUGGACUGCACAACAACGAUUUGCCACAGGUACACACCUAGGGAAGAAUUAGUUCGUUUUGCUAAAACAGCUGACAUAAUAAUAACAGCAACAGGUGUGCCAGGACUUAUAACCAAAGAUAUGGUCAAACCAGGUGUUUGCGUCAUAGAUGUAGGAAUAUCUAGAAUUACUGAUCCAAAGUCUGGAAAAACUAAAUUAGUUGGAGAUGUCGAUUUCGAUGGGGUUAAAGAAUUGGCGGGUCACAUCACCCCCGUUCCAGGUGGAGUUGGUCCGAUGACUGUAACCAUGUUAAUGAAAAAUACGAUAUUAGCGGCUCAAUACCGAGCCAAGAAAAAAAGUACCUGA